AUGCGUGUCACUGUUGACGUGGGUGGUUCCCUCGGGCACUCCGUCUACCGUAAGCCCACCCACAAAGACCGGUACCUGCACAACUCAUCUUUCCAUCAUCCCAGGGUAAAAUCUUCAGUCAUCCGCACCCUGAUCCAACGAGCACACAAGAACUGCAAACAGGAACACUUACAAGAUGAACUCCAGCACAUCUCAACAGCACUCCGGCUCAAUGAAUAUCAUCGGCGCCAAGUCAAGACUCAAAAUCACCUCAAUUUUCGGGUCUCCUAUACCCAAAGUCAGCGCCCCAACUAUAAGGACAUAGUCAACCCCCCAUUCAUAGGUAGUACGUCACACAAAAUCCAACGGAUCCUCAAUCAAGCCAGCAUCAAGGUGUAUCACUCAUCGAUCAAGAAACUCCAAGCCAGCCUGCAGACGCACAAGGACAAGCAAGACCACAAGACCAAAGCUGGUGUGUGUGGCAUCCCCUGCGAAUGUGGGAAGGUGUGUAUCGGCGAGACUGGAAGAGAUCUCUCUACCAGAGUCAAAGAGCACACUGCCCAUGGCUGCAGAGGAGACUAUGACAAAUCGGCCAUAGUGAAGCACUCACAUGCUGAAGAUCACAUCAUCGACUGGAAAGCAGCAGAACUCAUCGUUCCUGUCAACAGAUGGCACCCCAGAUGCAUCAGAGAAGCCAUCGAGAUGUGCAGACACGACACAGUACCCCAAAACAUCGGCUUCAACAUUUAG